UAAGCAGAGCACCAACCGAGCAACAACGACAAAACAGAAGGCACUCACGGCCGCCUGCUCCCCCACUCUCCAAUUCCGGCGAUGGCGACCGCGCAAUUCCUAGCCCUGUCCUCGUCCUCCUCCGCCUCCGCAGCCGCCCGCCCCAGGGCCCGCCGCGCCGCGCCGUCGCGCGUGUGCGCGGCGGGGUCAGCGUUAGCGUCGGGCGAGCCCGCGCGGCGGCUCGCGGCGGAGUUCGACCCGGCGAUCCCGCUGGCCUCCGCGGUGACGCCGCCGAGCGGGUGGUACACCGACCCGGAGUUCCUCCGGCUCGAGCUCGACCGCGUCUUCCUCCGCGGGUGGCAGGCCGUUGGUCACAUAGGACAAGUCAAGAACCCAAAUGAUUUCUUCACAGGAAGCCUUGGAAAUGUACAAUUUGUCAUAUGCCGGGAUGCAAAUGGGAAACUUCAAGCUUUUCACAAUGUGUGUCGUCAUCAUGCCUCACUCCUCGCAUGUGGAAGUGGUCAGAAGACUUGCUUCCAAUGCCCUUAUCACGGUUGGACAUAUGGUUUAGAUGGUACCCUCCUGAAAGCUACAAGAAUAUCAGGAAUCAAGAACUUCAACAAGAAUGAUUUCGGUCUUUUACCAAUUAAGGUGGCUACGUGGGGACCUUUUGUGCUUGCCAGAUUUGAUGAUUCCUCUCAAGAUACUGUUGAUGAUGUUGUUGGUGGAGAUGAAUGGCUGGGUAGUGCUUCAGAUCUGUUGAGUAGAAGUGGCAUUGACACUUCACUACCCCAUAUUUGCAGGCGAGAAUAUAUUAUCGAAUGUAACUGGAAGGUAUUUUGUGACAACUAUCUAGAUGGUGGAUAUCAUGUUCCAUAUGCACAUGGGGCCCUUGCAUCCGGUCUUCAGCUUCAAUCCUAUGAAACACUUACAUACGAAAGAGUUAGUGUUCAAAGAUGUGAAAGUGCCCUAGCAGAACAAGAAGACAUUGACCGCUUAGGGACAAAAGCUACCUAUGCUUUUGUUUAUCCAAACUUUAUGAUCAAUAGGUAUGGUCCAUGGAUGGACACUAAUCUAGCUGUCCCAUUGGAUGCAACCAGGUGUAAAGUGGUUUUUGAUUAUUUUCUGGACGAAUCUCUUCUGGAUGACCAGGAUUUUAUCGAUAGAAGCUUAAAGGACAGCGAACAAGUACAGGUAUAUUACCAUAAAACUGAUGAUCGGUCGCCAAGCACAACACAGCACAGUAGCCACGGCAUGAGCAACAAAACACAUCUGAUUGAAGACAUUGCGCUGUGCGAGGGAGUCCAGCGGGGCCUGGAGUCGCCGGCCUACGGCGUGGGCAGGUACGCGCCGUCUGUGGAGAUGGCCAUGCACCACUUCCACUGCCUCCUGCACGCCAACCUCAGUGGCUAGUGAUACUUAUGUGCGGCGUUUCAUAAUGUGUAUAUAAUUGUGUGAAAUGCUAUGCUGGAAGAAGCACAUAGCCGUAGGACUGUAAUUCUACAGUUCGUCUUCUUCCCCAAUGGUUUGUACUAUGCCAGGUGAAACUAUACAAUAAAAUGAGUGAACCGUGAAACAGCUUCAGCUA